CGUGGUGGUUUAAGGCCCAAUCUCCCUAUCCAUCCAUAGGGAAGGCCCGUGCCCCAGCAGUGGGGACGUUAAUGGGCUGAUGAUGAUGUUGGUCACUGGGUAACCGGCGCUCUUCUCAAACGGGGAGCGCCGCUUCGAAACCCGGUACCGGACUUGCACCAAUGAGUUGUUCUUCCUCUUAUCGUGUGGGUUGUGAGGUGGAAUACCAGCCUCAAAUAAAUACAUUAUCUUAAAAUGCAGUUUUCACUAACACAGUUGGCUCGACCAUUAUAAAUGGCGAUACGGCUCACCUCCUAGCACGUUAGUCGAACAGAAAGGUCGGUGAGGUGUGGGUACCUACCUAAUUCAUCUUACGAUGGAUGUACCUGUGACUACCCUAAUUGGGAUAUAGUCGUGAGCUUAUGUGGGGUUGAUUUUUAUACCUUUAGUACAGCCGAACAAUCCACUAGUAGAUUCUAUUUUCGUUAUUCUACUGCGGAACGGAGUGUGCCUUCUAUACGAUUGUUUAUUCUAUGCCUAUACCUAGCUGCGUUAGUAUUAUGUGACCUAGGUAAUACAUGAAAAAAUUAAAUGUCACUCUCUCGCGUCUCGGGCAUUUGUCUCUUAUCACAUCAAUUUGUUUUUCUUAUUUUAUUAAACUUAUACCUAUCUUUUGUAUGGCAUGGCAAGAGUUUAUAAAACACAGAUAACUUGUAUAAAUAAACUGUUUUCUGUUCAGUAACUUUAAUGUUCUUACAGGCUUGGCCUGUUGUGUCCGACAAAUUAAUAAGUAAUAAAUUGGCAGAAAAGUAAAUAAAACCUUUAGAGGGAUUUUUUAAAGUCGUUUAACGAAUAUCCAGACGAGAAUGUCGAUGCACAAUCCAGCAUUGUACCAAAAGUUUAUCUCGUUUCAAAAGCGAGAUGCUUGGAAUAUGCUGAAAAACUUUGGAAGCAAAAUGAAAUGGAAGAACAACGCAUCAGUUAUUGAUUUGGGAAGCGGAGAUGGCUUCGUAACAUCUAUAUUGAAGGAGCAUUUGCCCCCAGAUUUUAAGAGAGUAAUCGGCGUUGAUAUUAGCAAAGAAAUGGUGGAAUUUGCCAACGAGAAAUAUGGUGAUGAAAGAACGAGUUUUACUAUAAUGGACAUUGGCGGAAAAGUGCCUGAAGGUUUGGAAGGAGGUUUCGAUCAUGCAUUUUCUUCUUACGCUAUUCAGUUUAUUCCCGAUCAAGAAGCAGUCUUUAAAAACAUCAACAGUGUUUUGAAAGACAGUGGAUCCUGCCUCCUAACAUUUUUAGGAAAAAAUAUGAUCUUUGAUACUUUUGCACACAUGGGACAGAGUGCAAAAUGGCGGACGUUGAUGGAAAACGACUUGGAAAAAAUUUCAGUACGCUACUACAAAAUGGAGAAUGCAGCCGGUGAGGUUAAAAGAAUAAUGGAAGAAAAUGGAUUUAGCGACGUUCACGUUGAAAAUAACGACAUGUUCUUUGAGUACGAAGCGCUCGAGCAACUUACAAGUAUGGUUGAAUCAGGAAACUUAUUCCACUUACCACCCGACAGACUUCGUGAAUUUAUACAGGACUUCAGUAAAGUUAUUGUAGACGCGACAAAAAUAGAGAAGGUGGCGGGCAAACCGGAGGCAGUACGGUUUAGAUACAAGCAGUUGAUAGCUUAUGGAGUGAAACAAUAAAAAAAGCACAGUACUCUACUUUGCGUACUUAAGUAGGUACUCUAAAGCGCUUAUGCGCCUCAAAAGAAGUCCCGCGGAUUUCAAUGGAACCAAAUGACAAGUCUUAAUAAUUCUAUGCGGCUACUGCGACACUAGCGCUGUGGCCAUGGCCGCGAGACAUGUUUCGUGGCGCGAAAUCAAUUUUUUUUUUAUUAACUUAAGGAAAACGGUGACGACCAGUUUAUCAUAUCGAUCUUUAGGAUUUCAAUAUCAAGUAGACUUAUGACGACGACAUGUAGGGCUGCCCACCUUAAUAGGAAUUGUGUCGUGUAUUAGGUUCAAGAUACAUAAACAUAACAUACAUAAACAGCCUAUAUACGUCCCACUGCUGGGCACAGGCCUCCCCUCAAUCAACCGGAGGGGGUAUGGAGCAUACUCCAUCACGCUGUUCCAGCCUCCAAUGCGGGUUGUGUUCAAGAUAAAUUAUGAAAUUCUGAUCAAGUACUAAAUAAAUACAGAUCUAAACAUAAAUAAAACCAUUUAUAUUUAACUUAUGUUUGAAUUUUAAUCUAGAAAACCGUAAUAAAUCAGAUAUUUUAUCACGUUUUUCCAUGACGUCAUAGUGUGCUUUUUCAAACAAAUUCCAUAGUAAUAUUGUGUUUUGACGAUAAGUAAAAAGUAAUUGAUUUGACUAGCUGGAAGACCUAUAACGGGCGUGAGUUAUGUAUGUAAUGUGAGUUUCAAUAAACAAUUAAGUAAGAUAACUUGAGACGAAGAUUCUGUAUAUGCAAUAUGUAUGACUCAUUUAUUAUUGAGUAAAUUGCAAUGGGGGCG